GACGCGUAAACCAAACCGGUCGUCCCCAAUUUCCAGUUCCACGAAUAUUAAACCGGCCACCCAGUCGGGCGAGUCGAUCAUUAUCAAUUCGUUUUCAAUUUCUUAACACUGUAAUCCUCUCCUUCUCCAAGUAAAUCGUCUUCAUUAGAUUUGAAUAACCAGACGUAUACAUACACAUAUUGAUACAGAUUUUAUUCCCCUUUUGCAUAUUCAAUGGCUCAAUACACGCAACAGUUCCUUAGUAGCGUCCUCUCGCAGCGGGGUCCGUCGGCGCUGCCGUACGCGGAGGAUGUCAAGUGGUUAAUCCGCCAGCACUUGGUUGGUCUCACGGAAGCAUAUCCCUCACUGCAGCCGAAGACCGCCACGUUUACGCACAACGACGGCCGCACGGUUAAUCUUCUUCAGGCCGAUGGAACGGUGCCGAUGCUCUUCCAAGGUGUUACUUACAACAUUCCGGUUGCGAUCUGGCUCAUGGAGUCAUACCCCCGCCACGCGCCGCUAGUUUUUGUCAACCCCACCCGGGAUAUGAUCAUCAAACGCCCCCACGCUUUUGUUUCACCCAAUGGUGUGGUUUCAAUUCCGUAUAUUCAGAAUUGGGUUUACCCAAGUUCUAAUCUUGUUGAACUGGCUCGGAAUUUGAGUCACUUUUUUGGCCGAGAUCCGCCCCUUUAUUCGCAACGCAAGCACUCAAACCCUAAUCCUAGUCCUAAUUAUGCUAGUAAUAACUUGUCCAGUGUAAAUUCGUCUGUGGGGUCUGCUGCGGCACGGCCAGCAAUUCCUCCUAGGGUCUAUUCGCCUUCACCUACUCCAACUCCACCUUAUGGGAGUGGGAGUGCUUAUGGGUCAGGAAGGAUAAUGGAGGAUCCGGCUGAGGUUUUUAAGAAAAAUGCUAUAAAUAAGCUUGUGGAGAGCUUGAAUGGCGAUAUUAGGGAGUUGAGGAAGACAAGGGAGGCAGAAAUGGAAGGAUUGUUUAGUGCACAAGCAGUAUUGAGGAAGCGUGAGGAGGAGUUAGCAAAAGGAUUGAAAGAAAUGCAGGAUGAAAAGGAAGGUUUGGAGCAGCAAUUGCAGAUGGUUUUGAUGAAUUCUGAUGUUUUGGAAGGAUGGUUGAGGGAGAAUGAAGAGAAAAUGGGGAAAAAGGAAAUUAAUGGCUUGGAUGUGGACGACGCAUUAGAGCCUUGCGAUGCCCUUUCAAAACAGAUGCUGGAUUGCACAGCAUCUGAUUUGGCUGUGGAGGACGUGAUUUAUGCACUAGAUAAAGCGGCCCAAGAAGGGGCGAUACCAUUUGAUCACUACUUGAGGAAUGUGAGGCUCUUGUCACGGGAGCAGUUUUUUCAUCGAGCCACAGCUUCGAAAGUCAGGGCUGUUCAGAUGCAGGCUCAGGUUGCUAGUAUGGCUUCCAGGGCAUCACCACAAUAUGCAAUCUGAUGGUCUAGUCUCUGUAUAAGCUCAUUCAUCAGGUGCAUUGGACUUUCGAGAUCUACACCCAUGAAGCACUAUAGAAUGUCAAGCCAUUUUUUCCUUUUGGAUUUAAAGGUUAAUUCCAUGUUUUCUAUGUGUAUUUAUUGCUCACAGUUAAUGAUGUUCAAUGUACAUCGCGAGCAAAAUAGAAAAUCUAAUCACUUGGGUAUUAGCAGAUCUCCAAUGCACAUAGAUUCCUCAUCAUCACUUAUUGUAAAAUUAUGUAAGUGAUUUUAUGUAAAAUAAUCGAAAAGUUUGAUGGCU